AUGACUCUUUCUUCCUUGUUUGAUUCCUUGGACCGCCUCGAUGAAACCGACGACGACGAAGAGGAUUUUUCUGGCCUCUAUCCCCCUGGAUCGGCGAGUGACACUCCACAUUCGAGUUCUCAUCUGCGAAAAAGAACACACAUGUACAUCGAUGUAGAGGAAAAUGCAGAGGCCAAGCGUGCAAAAAUAUUAGUACCUACGCACGCUUCUUCCACGCUCCAGCCACGACAUGGUGGGACAGGGGCACCGCUCGGUGAAACCGAAAGUAUAGUCCCAAUCCAAAAUUGCGCUAACAGAGAGACCUACCCGACUGCUCAAAUUUCCUCCUCAACCUCAGUCAAAGUACUGGCUGAAUCUGAUCGUAUUGAGGAGCAUUUCGGCAUUCAAACUGUGGAGUCUCCCCCAACUUCAUCGCCUUCCAACUCUAGCUCCAACGGUGAACUAGCCUUUGAACCGGUACCUUCUGAAAACGAUCAAAAAUCUUACUCCUUGGACACGACGCCAACCCCGGCCCAUCAAACGAAAAAUAGAGCCGCGCUUCAUGAAAAGACAAAGCCAAUACCAUCAAAUAGAAUGCCUCGGUCCAGGGCAGAGAGCGGCCAAGGUAAUACUAUUAUUCGCGUACCACGACUGACCUUUUCAAUGGUUAAUAUUCACUUCGUGCCCGCCAAAGCCUCAGUUGCAGAAUCUGCUCCAAUUGCGACGUGUUCCAACGCGGAUCUAUCACAACCCAAUAUUCCGAAACUAGUUUCGCAGGCGGCAUACAAGCCACAGACCAAUCUCGCGCGACCGAGGACCAAAAAGGAGUCAAGGCCGAUUAAACCGUCGAAUUCAUUUCGUGAUCCCGACUUGGUGGCGUCGCGUCAAGAUAACCACGUGGCUCAAGGCGCUAGCGGGUUAUUUGGGGCGCAGAUCACGCUUGUGUCCCGGAAAUCGCGCCACCCAGCUCAAUCGGCACGAGCUCGCGGUCCCAAAGACGUAAAGGACCAAUGUACUACGAUCUCGGAAUUUGCUACAUAUCUGCAAACCCGAUCCAGAGAUGCAGAGGAUACUAACAAGAAGCAAAAACCCAUCUUUUGCGACUUGAUUGUGUAUUAUGCAGCCGAAAUUCCCGGCAAAAAGAUAUCAUAUAGUACGAAAAGACGAAUGGAAAUUCUUUCAGGACUUUUGGCCAAGGUAGUCGGUAACUUUGAUUCCUCCGUCACACACAUCGUCUCGGACUUGCCCGAGAAACCUCUUCUCGAAGUCAUCGGCCUGAGUUCUGUGGACUCGAUACCUCCGUCAGUUUGGGUUGUCGGUUGGACUUGGGUCACAAAGUCUAUGAAUUCUUCACGUCGCCUCGAGGAAACGUCAUAUGAAAGAUUUCACAAGAGGCUAGUUCUAGAUAAUCGGCUAUCUCAUGGACCCAGAGAUAAUCGUAGGAGCAUGUCUGCUGGGAUAGAUGAUGUUACUGAAACGGGAAUGUGCCUGGCUUACAGUAGCGAAGCGUCAUUUCGUGAGGGGUUUGAGUCUCAAGGCGGUGAACAUUCGGCGCCUGCGUCUAGCGGACUUUCGAUUCGCGUGAGCUCCGCAAUUUAUGUUGAGGCCCCUCCAGAUCCUUUGGGAAGUAUAGUUGCGCUUGCUCGUGAGAUGACUCAUGGAGAUUUCAGUUCGGAACGGAGUAGCUCUCCCGAAAUUCCAGAGCCAGAGCGGCUUCCUCGACAAAAGAAUGGCACCAAUAGCACUCGUUCCAACCCAUGUCCUCGUCCUCAUGGGAAUGGAUUCGCGUGUAUGACCGGAAUAUUACCCCUGCUGCGCCAUGCCUUUGGCCUACGGGAACUUCCAGCUUUCACGGCUCAGAGAUAUCUACGAGGCAAAGAAGCAUGA